GUGUAUGCCUUCUCUGUGUAGAGGCAUUUGUUCAGCACUAAGCAUCCAUUCUCACUUUUGAAAUCAUGGUAUCGUCAUGGUGUGAUAGUCCGAUUUCAUAGUAUUGUUUUUCAAAGCUGAUAUUUUAAUUUCACAUGCUCCGGUGGUGUUACAUCCAUUGUCAAAUGUUAUAUUAAUUUUAGACUUGGUGGGAUUGUCUGUUUUAGCAGAGCUCCAGUUUCUACCUUUACUGUUAUAAAUGGUAGGUAUUUAAAGUAUUCCACAUUGCAUUUAAUGCAGUCUGUAAGAGGUUGCAUUGUGCCUCCAUUUAUAACUUAAUCAUUCUGUUAUUAUUUUGUUCCUGUUUAAUAGCCUUUCUUUGGAUGUCCAUAGCGUGACCUGUUGUAGCAUUAUGUUCUUUAGUUACUGAUUUGAGAAAGACCUAAUUUGUGCACCUAAAUAAACGUGACAAAGCUGCCAUAGCAUGAGAGUUAAAGUUCUGUUACAGCCCUUGAAAAUCAUCCAACUUUAUAGUCAGGUCAUUAAUUUGGAAUUGUGUUAGCAAGGUCCUUGUCAGGCCUCCUGUGAGACUACCGAAAAAUUUAGGGUUUUCCUAGUGUAAGGAACCCCUGACAAGCAUAGCAUCAAGACAGAAUGCUCACAGGUACUCAUCUAUUUGCCAAGAAGUAAUAACAGAGAAAGUAUAAGUGUUGUUGUACAUGUUUUAAGCUUAUGAUUGUAGGGUCCACCUAAAGGGUGAAUUCUUGUUUUGUCUAGGUGUAGGCUGCCCUGACAGGAACUAGCUGUCUACACAGGUUAUGGUUGCCUCACUGGGAGGUUCCUCUGGCAGUGGACUUCCAUGAGCCCAUCGACUAUGUGUAUGUGUGGCUCUGUCAGCCGUGUAAAUUAUUCCUUCCAGCAAACCAGGUAUAUAUUGUGGAAGAUCUAGACAGAGACGUUAUAUGGUAUCAAAAGCUGAUUGGGUUUCAUAGGUAUGCAAAGGACCAAUGUAAUCUAUUAAUUUCAAAGGAUCUGUCAGGCUUUAUCUUGCCGGUGUAUUCCUUAGGGUGUCUCCAUGCCUUAAAUGUCCUUCAGGGUACACUGAGUAACUACAUAUUGUAAAGUGUGUUGUGCUAUAGGUAGAUUUUGUUUGAAUGCCCAGUUUUUGGUUAUUAUGGUUUAAUUAUUUCAGGUAUGCUUUGUUUAAUUUUCCAUGUGGCCCGACACUUAGUGUCGUUUUGGUGGAUGCGUUGAACUUAGCUUACCUGCUGCAUUGGUGUAUCGUGCUUCUUUGCUCUUUCUGAGUGAUGCACGUAAAUGUGUGCGAUAUAAAUUUUAAUGGUAGGGUUUGUAAUGUGUUGCCGAAUGUCUUUUCCCCAGACUUCUUGGUUGCCAAUUUUCUAGUCAUUUUGUUGACAGCCAAGUGCCAGGGCCAUGUGGCCAAGUCUGGUUCUCUGGGACUGUUGUUCUCUGGAUCUCUCUGUCUCUGGCUCUGUGUGUGUCUCUGACAGUCUCUGGUCUCUGUCUCUGCCUUUCUCUGUGUCUCUUGGUGGAUCUCAACUGGGCUGUCUCUCUGCCUGUCUCUGUUUGUCUGUGUGUGACUAUGUAAUGUCCAUGCACGUGUCUGUCUGUGUUUGUGUGCCUCUCUGCGUCUCUUCCUGCCCAUAUAUCUCUUUUCUGUGUGUAUGUCUCUCUCUGGUUCUCUUCCUCUGUGGGUAUCUCUGUGUUCACGUGUUUUUUAGUGAGCAUGUGUCUCUCCAUGUCUCUCUCUCUUUCUCUGCCUGUGUUUGUGUGUUUCCCUCUCUCUCUCUGCCUCUCUCUCUAUCUCGCUCUCUCUCUCUCUGCCUUUCUUUCUCUCUUCCUGUCUGUCUCUGUUAAUAGCAGAGCCUGUCCGGCAGAGCAGCGGAUGUGUGAGGGAUGAUUCAGUGGCUGACAGGAAGCCCGUCACCCUCCCUGCUGCCCAUCAGUGUCUCUGGCAUUGGCGUCAGCUCGGGCAGGUGUCUGGGCUCAGGAUGGGGUGGCCGCAGUGAGGAGCCCCGACUCUCAGGAGGGCUGCUGGGAGCAGACAUGACCACGGAGCCGGAGCUGCUGUGGACCGGGGUGGCGCUGCUGCUGCUGCUGGGGGCAGCAGCCGGCCUGUGUGUGCGGUGCUCCCGCCCAGGUGCAAAGAAGUCUGAGAAAAUCUAUGAGCAGAGGAGCCUACAAGAGAAUCAACAGAGCUUUGCAGUGGCUCGGACAUACUCCUUGAUCAGGCAGGCAUGGGCAGACCCCCUGGUGGACGCAGCCCCUGACACGGCACAAACAAGGAAGGACAAGCUGCUGCAAUUCUCCCCCAGCGUUGAGGGGUCUGCAACCCCCAGGUACCAGAACUUCAGCAAAGGAAGCAGGCACGGAUCAGAUGCAGCCUACGUAGACCCCGUUGCCGUGGACUAUUACAACUGGGGGCAGUUCCGGAAGCCCCUGGAAGAUGAGGACGACUCCAGUUCCUACCAGAACGUGCUCAUCUGCAGGCCAGGAACCCCCGAGCCAGAGCUUGUCCUGGGUGAAGCACCUCCUUCCCUGGCAGGAAGCCCCGACGAGGACGACAGUGAGCCAGACUAUGUGAAUGAGGUCACGGUGGCCAGGGACACCUAGCAGAACCACAGGAAGUGCAGGAGCCAAGGCAAAAGAGCAAAGGAAGUCGCUGAGCUCACAGAACCGCUUGCUGCCUCUCAGGGAUCACUUUGCCACAACUGCUCCAGUUUACACACCUAGCCGCGUCGUUCUGGAAGGGCCGUGGGCAGCACGGCCUGGGAAGAGGCGCUAGGGAUGGACAGUUACUCUGGGAAUUGCAGAGCCCUCUCCCUGACCUGGGCUUCCACAGGGCGGGGCCGAGUGGUGCGAGGGAAAGGUGGUUCCCACUGUGAUCUGAUGCCAAGAGUGAGGGCAGGUGCACCGCCCACCCCCUAAUCUAAAACAUCCUACAACACUUGUAUUCGCGUCCUUUUUUGCUUUGGAUUUGGAUCCUAAAUUGAUGAUUACUGUCGGCUGCUGCCAUUUCUUAGUGACUGAUAAGCUUGUACAGUUAAUUUAUAUAGGUGGAGCUAUAUUUAAUAUUCUACACUUCAGCCUAGAGAUUUUUGUCUACUUUGUCGCCUAUAAAGCAUUACAUGGACUUAACUUCAGCAUAUUGAUUUGGGGGAGCCUUUUCUCUCCUUUACCCUCUGUGGGGCACUCUUGUCUCUGGGCCUCA